AUGCGAGAAUGGAAUAUUGAUCAUAAAAUUACCGCAAUCGCCAGCGAUAAUGCCGCCAACAUUACAGCAGCUACAAGGGAGGGUGAUUGGCGGCAAAUUCCAUGCUUUGCACACACAUUAAACCUCUGCGUCCAAUCGGCGUUGCAGCAGUUGGCCCCAGUUUUAAAUAAGGUGAAAAGCGUCGUCGAGUUUUUUAAGCGGAAUACCCAAGCGAAUCAAAAAUUAGUAACAAUGCAGAAACGAAUAUGUCUUCCAAUCCUCAAACUAAAACAAGACGUCGCCACCAGACGGAACUCUACAUACGACAUGCUGCAUCGGUUUAGCUCGACGAAAGAUGCUAUUAUAGCCACUAUAGCCCUCAUCAAACCUGACCUGGCACUGACUGAUUACAAAUGGAUGAUAAUUAAAUCGGUUCACACUGUAUUGAAAAUGUUUAUGACGUUACAGUCGAAGUAA